AUGCCGAAGAAAGCUGUUUUACUGAAGUCUCUAACUAGGGGUAGAAUCCGUUCCUCCUUUAACAAGUAUAACUUGUUCAAUAUUUAUAAGAAAUCAAAUCCUGAUUUCAAGACGAAAUCUCUAUAUCAACAGAAAUGGAACGCCAAACAAGAAACGAGGGCUUAUCAUGGUGAAUACCUAACAGAGGGAAGGUGGAGCACUCUUUUUGAACCUAAACUGGAAUCCGUCGCCCAACUGGAUGCCUCAUUACGUGGGGAUGGUAAAGUGAAGGACACGCCUUUUUUAUCUCAGACUUAUGCUGUGUUGGAAAAAAGACUUGAUUUUGCUUUAUUCCGUGCCAUGUUUGCAUCUUCUGUUAGACAAGCAAGACAAUUUAUUCUACAUGGCAAUGUUACCGUAAAUGGACUGAAGAUUCGCCAUCCAGGUUAUAUAUUGAAGCCAGGUGAUAUGUUUUAUGUCAGACCAGAUAAAGUGCUGGAAGCAUUAGGUACCAGAAAACCAAGUCUUUCGGAAGCAUUAAAGGUCGAUAAGACUCAAAUUAUCUUAUGGAAUAAAUAUGUAAAGGAAGCUAAGGAAAAUCCAAGAAAAGUAUGGGACAACAAAUUGAACAAACAGAAAAAUCUACCUGAGACAAAUCCAAAGAAGGAAUCCAUAACGAAAUUUAUUGAGAAAUACAAUACCAACAUGGAAAAGAGCGAGCACGAUGAAUUAAAAUAUUGUACUCCAAGGAACAUGUUAAUUAAGUUAUUAGAAGUACAAGCCUCUAGAAAGGACGAUUCUGUUCCUUUGACAAAGAAGGAUUUCGAAAAUGUAGUCGAAAAGAACACCGAAUUGUGCCAUGAUGUCUACAAAUGUUAUGAUGCUCUAGAAAAAUCAAAAGAAAUUCCGGUUGAGAAAUUGCAAGGAAAAUCAGCCAAGGAUUUAACCAUAUUAGCUGAAAAUCUUUUAUCAUUCACUCCUGAAAUGAAGGAGAAACUUUCGGAUAAUUCUAAAGUCCUGAUCAGAUCUGGUGUUAAACAAUUAUCAGACCUUACAAAAGCAUAUUCAGAAUCAAUCAGAACCUUUUAUGAAACAAAUAAAGCUUCAUCAGAAACAAACUAUAUUCCAUUUGAUCCAAAAUGGACAAAUAACUUGAGAUACCACGAAAAAGUUGAUUUUGAAAGUAUUGCGGAAGACGAAAAACUAGCUUCUGAAUCGAUUAACUUACCUUGGCAAAAGUAUGUCUAUGGUCGCCAAGAUCCAAAGAAACCAUAUUUUACACCUUGGAAACCAAGACAAUUUUUGGCACCAUUUGCUGUCUUGCCUCAUCACUUGGAAAUAUCGUUCAAGACCUGUCAUGCCGUGUAUCUAAGAGAUCCGGUAGCCCGUCCUGGCCAGUCCGAAGUUAUUUCACCUUUCGAUGACACAGUUCACGAAAGAGCCUACAUGUAUUAUGUUAGAAAGGGUAAAUAA